AUGAUAGAAAUCCUUCAAUCAAGUCAACUACAAAGAUUUUGCGGUCUUUGGGGAACUAGAGUGGAUGCAGUUGAUUACUAUACUUCUGAGAUUGAAAAACUGAGCAAAGAUCCUAACAGAUGUUCAAUUUACUUAGUUCUCUUGGUAAAGAAUAUGAAGAAAAAGAAAGAAGAGGCUGAAACAGCAAGGGUUCUAUGUGAUCCUAAGGCUAUAGUUCCAGCAGCGUUCGUUUCAUUUAAAUCCAGAUGGGGAGCACCUCUCUGUGCCCAGACUCAACAAUCAAGUAAUCCAACAAUUUGGCUGACUGAAUGGGCUCCAGAGCCACGUGAUGUUUAUUGGAAUAAUCUUGCAAUACCAUAUAUCGAAAUCACCGUUCGAAGAUUGCACACGGCUGUUGGUCUAUUUACUUCUCCAUUAAUAACCCCACACUAUCUAAAUGCUGAACCCAUUAACAAUUGGCAUCUUAUUUUGCUGUUUUCGAGUUUGAGCAAGUCCAUCGAGUCUUUGAUACAGGGCUUUCUUCCAGGGAUUGCGCUGAAGAUAUUCCUUAUUUUACUACCAACAAUUCUGAUGACAAUGUCCACAGUAGAAGGAUUCACGUCACUGUCAUCUUUGGAGAGGCGAUCUGCUGGAAAGUAUCAUUUGUUUAUACUUGUCAAUGUGUUCCUUGGAAGCAUUAUCACUGGAACAGCCUUUCAACAGCUUAAAAGUUUUCUUAAUAAGCCCCCAACGGAGAUUCCAAGAAUCGUUGGUGAGUCUAUCCCAAUGAAAGCCACUUUCUUCAUAACCUAUAUAAUGGUUGAUGGCUGGGCUGGAAUUGCUGCCGAGAUCCUUAGACUGGUACCAUUAAUCAUGUUCCACCUGAAGAACUCAUUUCUUGUUAAGACUGACCAAGAUAGGGAUGAAGCGAUGGAUCCUGGUUCCUUGGCCUUUCCUACAUCCGAACCUCGGAUUCAAUUUUACUUCUUGGUGGGAUUCGUGUAUGCUGCUGUGACGCCCAUACUUCUUCCUUUCAUCGUUGUCUUCUUUGCUUUUGCCUAUUUGGUAUUUCGUCAUCAGAUCAUUAACGUCUAUGACCAAAAAUACGGGAGUGGGGCUGCUUUCUGGCCAGAUGUGCAUCUACGCAUAAUAAUUGGUUUGGUAAUAUCUCAACUUCUUUUGUUGGGAUUGUUGAGCACAAAAAAGGCUGAAGAUUCAACACCAUUUCUUGUGGCUUUACCUAUUCUUACAAUUUGGUUCCAUAGAUUCUGUAAGGGGCGUUUCGAAUCUGCAUUUGUAAAAUUUCCAUUACAGGAUGCAAUGGUAAAGGACACUCUUGAACGGGCUACAGAACCAAACCUAAACUUAAGACUUUACCUUCAGGAUGCAUACAUACACUCAGUCUUCAAGGGUGGUGAACUGGACAGACCACAGGAGAUUGGUGAGGAAGAUAACAGCCCACUCGUGCCAACAAAGAGGACUUCUAAUAAGGGUAGUAGUAGAUAUGGUUCUGAUGUCGGUUCUGAAGCUGGUUGUUGAGACCAUUAUUUAGCUAGUUUUAGUGUUUACUUCUUUUCAUUUUUUGAUUUUUACAUGGAGGAAACAUGUAUUUGCUUUUUAGUCUCUGAAAUGGAUAGGAGUUAUCAAAGCCUCUUUCAAGCCAUCCAA